AGCACCUGGAUCUCAUCUUCUUGCAGCUGCAGCCGCUGCUCCAGGUUUUCUUCUUCCAAAUUUGGGAGCAGCGUGCUUCAAAGCAACCAUCUUUGGGCCCGUGUCCCACGUUGUGUGGCUGGAGAGGUGGGCAGUCGGAAGGGCCAUGCAUUGGGAGAAGGGGCUGCUCUGCGGCUUCUGCCUCUUGCUCCCGCAGCUGCGGUGUGAAGGGUCCCACUCCACCCAGCCAGAGCAGGUGCACCUCUCCUUUCCAGGAGACCCGACCUCCAUGAUGGUCACCUGGACGACCUUCCUCCCAGCAGAGUCCAUUGUACUGUUUGGCCGGGACCCCGGAGAGGCCUUCACGCGCUCGGCCAGGGGAUGGGCCUCACGGUUUGUGGACGGCGGGAAGCUGGGACGCACCGCGUUCAUCCACCACGUCUCCCUGGAGGGCCUUGAGCCAGGGCAGCGCUACGCCUAUCGCUGUGGGAGCGAGCAGGGCUGGAGCCGGCCCUACAGCUUCCAGGCCUUGCUGAACGGCAGCGACUGGAGCCCACGCUUCGCCGUGUUCGGGGACCUGGGCCAGGUGAACCCCCAGUCCCUGCCGCGCUUGCAGCAUGAGACCGAAAUGGGCCUGUACGACGUGGUGCUGCACGCAGGAGAUUUUGCCUACGACUUGGACACGGAGGAUGCCCUCGUCGGAGAUGCCUUCAUGAGGACGAUCGAGCCGGUGGCGGCCUCCGUGCCGUACAUGACCUGCCCCGGGAACCACGAGCAGAAAUACAACUUCUCCAACUACCGCGCUCGCUUCAGCAUGCCUGGCGACACGGAGGGCCUCUGGUACAGCUGGGACGUCGGCCCCGUCCAUCUCGUCUCCUUCUCCACCGAGGUGUAUUUCUUCCUGGAGUACGGCCAGCACCUGGUUGCGGAGCAGUUCCAGUGGCUGGAGAAGGACCUGCGGGAGGCGAGCCGGCCAGAGAGGCGCAAGGAGCACCCCUGGAUCAUAACCAUGGGGCACCGGCCCAUGUACUGCUCCAACAACGACCAAGACGACUGCACGCAGCACGAGAGCGUUGUUCGCCGCGGGCUCCGGCCACACCAGUAUGGCUUGGAGGACCUGUUCUACAAGUACGGAGUCGACCUGGAGCUGUGGGCCCACGAACACUCCUACGAGAGGCUCUGGCCGCUGUUCGACUACGAGGUUUACAACGGCAGCACCGAGGCCCCGUACACCAACCCCCGUGCCCCCGUGCACAUUAUCAUCGGAUCAGCUGGCUGUCAGGAACGGCUGGACCCCUUUGACCCCGAGCCGCGGGAGUGGAGCGCCCUACGGAUCGAGGAUUACGGAUAUGCCCGCAUGCAGGUCUUCAAUAGGACGCACCUCUGGCUGGAGCAGGUCUCUGAUGACCAGAACGGGAAAGUGGUGGAUGGGAUUUGGCUGAUCAAAGAGCAGCAUGGCCCGGAAGCCUGGCACUAAUCCUGCCACGCUGAAAGGCGCUUGGCAAGCUCUCUGCUCCCUUCCUGACCCAGAUGGCUGCCGGGCUUCCGCCUUCCGCCUUCCAGCUGCCUGUGAUAGGAGGCCAGGAAGCCACGAAGGCAGCCCCCACCCCCCCGGCCCACGUGGCCACAGCACGGGCACUGCCGCCUUCCCUGCUCGUACCUGGGCAAGGCAGCUGGUGCUCCAGGCAGGCACUCACCGCAGCCUCCCACCCACCCGUUUCCGUGGAACGGGGCUCGGAGUGAGCCACCGAGAAAGGUGUCAGCGAAGCAGCUGGCCAGGAGUUUUAAGCACGGCCAGCGCAGCUGCUCUUUGAUCAGCGAGACACAGAAAGUGCCCCUCUUGGCCAGCGGCUGGACCAGCCUUGAGAAUCGCACCCUCGGGACAGUCACGCUCCUGGUGGCACGUGGGGAGCACGAAAUGCAUCCGGACUGACUAGAGAAGGAAGGCUUGCAGAAACGGACGGUUUCCUCCCUUGGUUCCCUGGUGUGAGAGAAGAAGGGGGGGGGGUGUCUGGG